GGUGGUAGCCUGGAGUCGACUGGUCACUCGCUGUGUGUGUGUGUGCGCGUGUGUGCAUUCAGUUGUGUCAGACAGUCUGUGCGUAUACUAUACUGUAAAGUGUGUUCUCGAACGAAGUGUAUUGUUUCUGUGUUGUUUCUAAGGGAAGCUAUUGCUUGACAUAAAGGGAUAAAAAGCCCUUGACCUUGACCUUGACCCCGGGAGUGACCUGUUUACCCACUAACAUGCCAGCCAAGCUCCGCCCCGUGUAUAAUGUCAAAGGUCAGGUGAUGGACUGGGACAGCAUCAGAUUUCCCGUCAUUCCUGCAAGACCCCAGACUUUCACUCCUAUGUACCUGACCCAGGAGUUCCAGCCAGACCCAAUCCGACAAGGCGCCAUUGGGGGUACGUGGCGACACAUCAAAGAGGUUCUGGGACAUCAUGGAAGCCGCGUGUGCUUUGUGGAUGGUCUGGUCAGUGUGUACGACUCUGACAAAUUCAGUGACGCCCUCCAGCCACCUUUGCCGUACAGGGGGAAGCUGGUACACCCGCCGUACGCCCCCACACAGACGGAGUAUGCCAACGGGAAGAAAGGCAUUGUGUUUCCUCGUCUGGAAGACGGCGUCGACCGGAAGUUGCGUAUGAACGCCCUACCCAGCCACAGGGGACACUACCAAUUUAAAUGAUGAGAUUAAAAUAGAUUCUGGGCUAUUUGCCCUUGACAAGCACCAUCAUCAGUCUUUUUUUGGUUGAAAAAUAGAAAAUGCUUUUAAGAAUAAUGUUUUAGAGCUUUACAUUUAAGUGUUUGGCAUAUAAUAGAUAAGGACCCCUCCAUAUAAUGUUAUAUGAUCUACUCUUUGAUUUGUAAGAACACGAUGACAUAACCGUACAAAAUGGUAUUUUUUCUUAACCAAAUUCGAAAUUCUUCGUCAUAUUUCUUUCUCCAUCUUUUGAAAUAAUGAUAUUAUAAUAUUAAGCCAGCUCUUUGUUUUUAGGCAUUAUGAAGAAUCAAAGCUAAGGACCGACAAUAAUUGUAUCUCUUCCCUCACCCCCUCUCCUUUUUUUUCUCUGACUCUAAAGGUAACGGUAGCUUGCUGCAUUGCUUAAUUUCUACCUAUAAAUGAUUGAUAAGGUAUAUUGUAUCUCAGCCUACCUUAUGUCUUUUUUUGUUGUUGCAAAUUUACCAGACAACAUAGCAAUCUUUGGAGAAUGGUUUCAGGCAUCUCAUGGAAUCCCAAACAUUAUGAUGUUGUUGCAGGUAUUGGGUAUUUCUUUCAACAGUAUUAUCUAUCGAUAUUAAUUCUUUGAGGAAGGUGUAGUUACCCCUUUCAUCUCUAUUACUAUAUUAAUUUCUCAACAAUGCCUUGUUUAAUCUCAAAACCGAUACAGUAUUUCCAAACAGCAUUCCUAUCACUUUUUAUGCCAUGAGUCUUUUUGUACAAAUAUUUUUGUACACACUCCAAGAAAGCAACAAAGUUCUCUGUGUACAUGCAUGGUAAUAAAUUAUUGAUUUUGAUGG